AUGGGGGAUAGGUCAGGGAACAUUCGUUGGUGGGAUGUGAAAACUGGGCAGUCUUCCUCGUUCAACACUCACAGGGAAGGAAUUCGUAGAAUAAAGUCCUCACCUGUUGUUGCUGAAGACAGUAGCCGUGGACGUAUUGCUGUAUUAUUUUAUGACAACACAUUUGCUGUAUAUGAUCUUGAUUCACCCGAUCCUCGCUUUUACAACCUCAAUUUCCUGGAACCCUUGUAUUGGAGCUCGAUUGGUUGCCAUUGCAAUCGGGGAAGAAUGAUCCACUGGUAUUGUGCAUUGCUGGAGCUGAUAGUAGCUUUCGCCUUGUUGAGAAGUGACAAAAGAAUUGGCAUUGGAUCCCAGCCUAGAUCUACGAAGGAGAAAUUCCGGCCAAUGCCUUUAUGUUCUCCCAUAUUGCUUCCUACACCACAUGCCUUGGCAUUGCGGAUGAUCUUGCAAUUGGGUGUGAAGCCCUCGUGGUUCAAUACGCACAAUAUAAGUAUGGAUAAGGAGCAUUACCAAACUCCAGUAACUACUUCAUCAACAGGAGAUCUUCAGGGCUAUAUGAUUCAUUCACCACCUAUUGGUGACUCUGUGGUGCCAGAGUUGCUCCUUAAGAUAUUAGAGCCUUAUCGAAAAGAAGAAGAGUUGUGGGAAAGUGCUAGAGAGCGUAUUCCAUGGCAUGAAAAGUUGAAGGGUGAAGUGGCUGUUCAGAACCAUGUUCACGAUCAGCUGGUUGAUCCAGCAGGGUGUUGCAAAGGUGGACCGAACAUGUCCUCCAUGCUGAGCAUAACAUCUGGAGCUGGUGCAUUGCAAGAGGCAUUGACGGCACUUCGUGAGGCACAACAACUAGACACCGCUGCCAUGUUUAUUCUUGCUUAUCAUGAAAUCCGUGCUGAAUUCAUCUCCAGCUUGGAUUCAGAUGGAGAAUCAAGUCCUUCAAACAAGGAAAACUGCUUAUCUUGCCAGGGUUGA